CUCUCUCUCUCAUCGUUAGUUCCACCCACCAAAUUUUCACUUCGGUCGCUCCCCCUUAUCUCCUCCGCCACAUGGCCACCGUCGCGACAGCUCCGGCCACCGUCGCCAGAGCCCCCCCGCGGGCGGCCGCCGUCUCGUUGGCGCCGGCGACGAGGGCGCGCGUCUCGUUCAGAAGACGGAGCCUCUUCGCGCCGGCCCGCGUCGCCUCCGUUGCUCUCUCCGGCAUUUCUCCUCUCCGGUUCGCCGGUUUCGUGCCCUUCGCCGCCGCCGACGACGUGGGAGCCACCGAAACCGAGGAGGAGGUCGUGGAGCCACAGGUCGAGGGUGAUGCUGAUGGUGCUGUUGUCUCAGAAGAUGGUGCUGCAGCUGAUGAAAUUACUGAUACUGAAGAAAAAGCUGCUUCAGCUGUUUUAAUAUCACUUCAAUCCUAUAAAGAAGCUUUAGCAAGUAACGAUGAAUCAAAGGUUGCUGAAAUUGAAGCUUUCUUAAAAUCCAUUGAGGAUGAGAAAAGCGCUCUUGAAAGUAAGGUGUCACGUUUGUCAGCUGAAUUGUCUGUGGAGCGGGAUCGCAUUCUCAGGAUUAGUGCAGACUUUGAAAAUUUUAGAAGGAGGACUGAGCGAGAACGUCUUUCCCUGGUAACAAAUGCCCAAGGAGAGGUAGUAGAGAAUCUGUUGCCAGUCUUGGAUAAUUUUGAGAGAGCUAAAGCACAGAUUAAAGUGGAGACCGAGGGAGAAGAAAAGAUAAACAAUAGCUAUCAGAACAUAUCUAAGCAGUUUAUAGAAAUUCUUGGCUCACUUGGUGUUGUUCCUGUGGAGACAGUGGGGACUCCUUUUGAUCCACUACUGCAUGAGGCUAUUAUGCGGGAGGAGUCUACAGAAUAUGAAGAAGGCAUCAUCCUUCAAGAAUUUCGCAAGGGGUUUAAACUUGGUGAAAGACUCUUGCGUCCAUCAAUGGUGAAGGUAUCAGCUGGUCCAGGGCCUGCAAAGCCAGAAGCAGCACCAGCUACUGAAGAAGAAUCAAAUGAUGCGGAAGAAGUCCCUGUGGAAGGCAGUGCAGAAACAGAGUCUGGCUAAGUGUUGACAGAUAUAUUUUGUCUUCAAUUUUGACAUGGAGCAGCAAUUGCGAUAAUUUUCUCAGCUUCAACUAUAGGGGUAGCUUUUUGGGAUGCCAACGUCUGAGUAUAAAUGCUGUUGUUGUUCCUUGGUUGUAUUUUUAAUGGAGGAGCUAUACUGGUUUCAAGUAACGGAAGUCACUCAGAAGUCGCCCGAGCAGCAGUUUUCUUAUGCAUGCAAUUAUGAAAUUUUUUGGGUCAGAUCUUCUGUAAUACGACCAGGUAUAAGUUGUUUAGAGAAGGCAAACUCCUUUACUACAAUUUCCCAUUGUCGGGCUGAUAAGGGACGACUGAUCUCUGUUAUAGCUCUUUUUUGGCCAAGUUUUUGAGAGUGCAUCUUUAAACUUGCUCA